AUGGACACGUCCAAGCUGACCGAGUGCCUGGCCGGGGCCAUCAGUAGCCUGCAGGAGGAGCUGAGCCAGGAGAAGGGGCGGAAGGAGGCGCUGCAGCGGCGCUGCGAGCAGCUGGAGGGGCGCCUGGGCCGGGCGGAGGCCCACGUGCAGAGCCUGCGCCAGCUGGAGGCCGACCAUGACCGCAUGGAGCGCGAGGUCAGCGCCCACUUCCACCAGGUGCUGAAGCUCAAGGACGAGAUGCUGAGCCUGUCGCUGCGCCUCAGCAACGCGCUGCAGGAGAAGGAGCUGGCGGCCACGCGCUGCCGGGGCCUGCAGGAGGAGCUGUACCUGGUGAAGCAAGAGCUGGAGCGGGAGAAGACGGCCUCCUCCCACGAGCGGGAGUUUCGAGAGCGCUCCCUGCAGACGGCCAGGGACCAGGAGCUGACCCGCCUGAAGGAGGAGAACCAGAAGCUCCGCUCGAUGACCUUCAGCCUGGCGGAGAAGGACAUCCUGGAGCAGAACCUGGACGAGGCCCUGGAGAGCAAGCAGGAGCUGGUGGAGCGCAUCCACUCGCUGAGGGAGCGGGCCGCGGCCGCCGAGAGGCAGCGGAAGCAGUACUGGGAGGAGAAGGAGCAGACGCUGCUGCAGUUCCAGAGGACCAAGGUCGACUGCGACAUCUACAAGGAGAAGGUGACCACCCUGCAGGGCCAACUGCUGGAGCUGCAGAAGGAGCGAGACCAGGCCAGCAGCCCUGCAGAAACCCGACACUCCCGCAGUCGGCAGCCGAGACAGCAGAGAGAAGCCAAGAUGAGCGUGCGGAGGGCCCGAAACCCAGCCAGCAGCCCAGCAUCCCGGGCACAGGCCCGGAGCACACGGAGCCGCCAAGCAAACCCGGACACGCGGCGAAGGAAGGAAGCCACACGCUCCCUGAGCGCGGAACCCCCACGAGAGGAUGACCGGCAGGCGGCGACCUCGGGCUCGGCGCGGAAGCGGCUGCUCAAAGAGGAGGACAUGACCAAGGUGGAAUUCGAGACCAGCGAGGAGGUGGACGUGACGCCCACGUUCGACACCAUGGGCCUGCGGGAGGACCUGCUGCGCGGCAUCUACGCCUACGGUUUUGAAAAACCUUCGGCCAUCCAGCAGCGAGCCAUCAAGCAGAUAAUCAAAGGGAGAGACGUCAUCGCUCAGUCUCAGUCUGGCACCGGCAAGACCGCCACCUUCAGCAUUUCCGUCCUCCAGUGUUUGGACAUUCAGGUCCGGGAGACCCAGGCCUUGAUCUUGGCUCCGACGAGAGAGCUGGCUGUUCAGAUCCAGAAGGGCCUGCUCGCCCUGGGUGACUACAUGAACGUCCAGUGCCACGCCUGCAUCGGUGGCACCAACGUGGGGGAGGACAUCAGGAAGCUGGACUACGGGCAGCACGUGGUGGCCGGCACCCCUGGGCGCGUCUUUGACAUGAUUCGGCGCAGAAGCUUGCGGACGCGCGCCAUCAAGAUGCUGGUCCUGGACGAAGCCGACGAGAUGUUGAAUAAAGGGUUCAAGGAGCAGAUCUACGACGUGUACCGGUACCUGCCCCCCGCCACGCAGGUGGUGCUCAUCAGCGCCACGCUGCCCCACGAGAUCCUGGAGAUGACCAACAAGUUCAUGACCGACCCCAUCCGCAUCCUGGUGAAGCGUGAUGAACUGACCCUCGAGGGCAUCAAGCAGUUUUUUGUGGCGGUGGAGCGGGAGGAGUGGAAGUUCGACACCCUGUGUGACCUCUACGACACGCUGACCAUCACUCAGGCCGUCAUCUUCUGUAACACCAAGCGGAAGGUGCGCAGCCACCGUGGCUCUGCGGUGGCCUUUUUUGAAAUUUGUUUUUAGCAUUUUAUUUAUUUUUGAGAGAGAGACAGAG